AUGACAGCCCAAGUCUCAGACCCUCAGGGGAUUCCGGAGACUACUGCUAAGGAGGAUGAGAAGGAAUUGGGGGGCCCUGGCCCCAGCAGGAAUAAGUCGUGGCUAGUCCGGCACUUUUCCCUGCUCCUUCGUCGUGAUCGGCAAGCCCAGAAGGCCAGUCAGCUCUUUUCUGGGCUCCUGGCACUCAACGUGGUGUUCCUGGGGGGAGCCUUCAUCUGUAGCAUGAUCUUCAACAACGUGGCCAUCACCCUGGGGGACGUCUGGAUCUUGCUGGCGGUGCUCAAGGUACUCGCCUUCCUCUGGCUCCUCUACCACGUCGCAGUAACCAUCCGCCUGCCACACUCUGUCCAGUACAGAGACCCCCAUGCCGGGCCUGUCUGGGUUCAGGGCUCGCUGGUGUUGUUCGGUAGCUGCACCAUUCUUCUCAACGUCUUCCGAAUCGGCUACGUGGUCAGUCACAUCCACUGCAAGUCUGACGUGGAGCUCGUCUUCCCUGUCAUUGAGAUCCUCUUCAUCAGUCUUCAGACCUAUGUGCUAUGGAGCCACAGUAAGGAUUGUGUCCAGGUCCAGAUGAAUCUCACCAGGUGCGGACUGAUGCUAACUAUGGCUACCAACCUACUCCUCUGGGUCCUGGCUGUCACCAAUGAUUCCAUGCAUCGGGAGAUCGAGGCCGAACUGGAUGCCCUCAUGGAAAAGCUCACAGGCAAUGAGACCAACACUUGUCUUUGCCUCAACACAACUAUAUGUGAGGUCUUUCAGAAGGGAUACUUGAUGCUUUAUCCCUUCAGCACUGAGUACAGCCUCAUCUGCUGUGCCAUUCUCUACGUCAUGUGGAAGAAUGUGGGCCGACAUCUGUCUCCUCACUUACCUGGACCUCACCGGCCCAAAUUCCACCUCCAUGGUGCCAUCUUUGGCCCUUUGUUGGGUUUCCUGGCUCUAGUGGCAGGGGUCUGCAUCUUUGUCCUCUUCCAGAUCCAGGCCAGUGGCCCCUCCAUUGGUCAGCAAUAUUUCACUCUUUACUAUGCUUUUUAUGUGACUGUCCUGCCUGUCAUGACUCUGGCGUGCCUGAUGGGCACCAUCAUGCAUGGACUGGAAGAGCGAGAAAUGGACACAGUCAAGAACCCCACUCGAAGCCUUGAUGUGGUACUUCUGAUGGGUGCUGCCUUGGGCCAGAUCGGUAUCUCCUAUUUUUCCAUUGUGGCCAUUGUGGCCACGGAUCCCCAAAAACAGCUCAACAGCCUUAUCCUGGCCUAUUCAGUCCUCAUCAUCAUUCAGCACAUUGCCCAAAACCUCUUCAUCAUUGAGGGCCUGCACCGACAGCCACUCUGGGAAGGAUCCAUCCAGUCCCACCAUGACAGCCUGGAGAAGGAGGAGUGUCCACCAGGUCUUCGCCGGGGAUCCAUGUUGGAGCUGGGUCAGGGCCUGCGUAGGGCGUCCCUUGCCUAUAUCCACAGUUACAGCCACCUCAACUGGAAGCGGCGGGUUCUGAAGGAAAUUUCCAUCUUCCUUAUCAUCUGCAACAUCACGAUGUGGAUGAUGCCUGCAUUUGGCACACACCCUGAGUUUGAGAAUGGACUGGAGAAAAGCUUCUAUGGCUACAGGACCUGGUUCACUAUUGUCAACUUUGGCCUGCCUCUGGGGGUCUUCUACCGCAUGCACUCUGUUGGGGGACUGGUGGAAGUCUACCUGGGAGCCUGAUUGGAGGGAGCCCGGUCAGCCCUGGCACUGCUCCGGAUUCUUUCCUCCACUUUGAUCCCAAGCCACACCUUUCCAGGGGCUUGCGGAAGACUCCUGCCCCUUGCCUCUGCCCUGUCCCCAGCCAAGAGAUCCCAGCAUCCCUCCAUUUGAGCAGAGGCAGAGAUCAGGGUCGAUCCCUCAACGCUUCCCUCAAAAGCUCUGGGUUGAUGGUUGCAGUGGGAUGCUUUAUUGUCUUCUCCAGAGUCAAAGAGGACCCCAGAUGCCAGCUAGGGUGCCAGGGGGAGGGGCAACCCCGGUUUAUGUUUUGUAUUGAAAUCACUGGAGGUCCCCAAAGGGCAUAGAUGGCAGUCCAGUCCUGGCUGUGCCCAGGGCGAGCCAGUGUGGGGAACCUGAGCCAGGAAUCUGAAUGAGAGGUGGAGGAGAGGGCAGAGUGGGCUGUGACCGCCUCAAGGCCUGUCUGUCCAACCGCUGUCCAGUCAUCUCCCUAAACUAAGUGCCAACAAACCUAUCUACUUCCAGUCACUCCACCCGGUCACCAUUCCCCCUCCCCCUCCAAGCCCUACUCACACACCCUGUCAUCUAACAAGCGCAUUAAUUAGCUGCCAGGCUAUGGUGAACUCCUCUCUCCGGCUGUCAUAAAACCUGUUUGUUUGAUCGAUUAUAUUUUACUUUUAUUGUAUUUGUUCCCAGGAGCAAAACAGUCACUCGCUCAGACUUGGGAAUGGAGGAAGGGCUCCCACUCUCCUUCACUGGGACUAGGCAGCAGGAAGGGGGCACCCAGAGAAUAUUUUUUGCCCUAGUUUUAUC